GCGGGGGGAGAGAGAAAGGCACGAAGCAGCGAAGCAACCGGGGAGCAGGAGGACGUCGCGCCGAUCUCGGAGCCCGAGGAAGCCCAGCCACCAGUCCCGCGUGGCGCAUCCCUCUCGCCGCGCUGUCAGCCGGACUGGAGAAGCCACAGAGGAAGAACUGCCUCUAAUCUGGGCAUCGCUUGGAAGGGAAUGUCUGCCUUUGUACCACACAAGCCUUGAGAUACUAAUACUUAUAUGGCUGGAAUGGACCCAGAACAAAAUGUUUCAUCCCAAGGUGAAUAUGUUCCUCACUACCAGCAAGAUGAAGACCCUUUUGCAUCAAAACUCGCAAAAGAAGCUGAUAUAGUAGCUGGAGUGUACUUGUUGAUGAUUGGAAAGGUCAAAAUUGGUGCAGCAACCGAAAAUUGCGAAAGAGGCUUCUUGCCACGGAGGCAACACGCCUCUAGUGACAACGUGGGAUCUAGGAGCAACCCCAAGCUGCAGACUUGUUCUUAUAGGGGGAGUGCAACCCCUAACCAGAAGCAGUUGAGCAUCAGGGUCCUGGACACUUCUGCUAUAAGGGGGAUCAUGUCCACUUUGGGGAAUGGAUAUGUUAUUUAUAUGUCUACCCAACGGAAAAAGAAGCUGAGACCUGCCGAGAUAAUGACUGUCAAUUUAGCAGUGUGUGACCUGGGAAUUUCAGUGGUAGGAAAACCAUUCAGCAUUAUUGCUUUCUUCUCCCACCGUUGGAUCUUUGGCUGGAGUGGCUGCCGUUGGUAUGGCUGGGCUGGGUUCUUCUUUGGCAUUGGGAGCCUUAUUACGAUGACAGCCGUCAGCCUGGAUAGAUAUUUAAAAAUCUGUCACUUAUCCUACGGUACCUGGCUGAAGAGGCACCAUGCUUUUAUCUGCUUAGGAAUAAUCUGGUCAUAUGCUGCCUUUUGGGCAACAAUCCCAUUUGCUGGCUUGGGAAACUAUGCUCCUGAACCAUUUGGAACCUCAUGCACCUUGGACUGGUGGCUUGCUCAAGCUUCCAUAGCAGGACAGGCUUUUAUUCUGAAUAUCCUUUUCUUCUGUCUUAUAUUCCCAACUGCUGUGAUUGUGUUUUGCUAUACUAAAAUUAUAGCAAAGGUCAAGUCCUCUACCAAAGAAGUAGCUCACUAUGACACCAGGAUUCAGAACACACACAUCCUAGAAAUGAAGUUAACUAAGGUGGCGAUGUUGAUCUGUGCAGGAUUUCUAAUCGCUUGGAUUCCAUAUGCUGUAGUGUCAGUAUGGUCAGCUUUUGGAAGACCAGAUUCAGUUCCUAUAAAAGUUUCAGUGAUACCCACUUUGCUUGCAAAGUCAGCCGCCAUGUAUAACCCUGUUAUUUACCAGGUCAUUGACUGCAAAUAUGCGUGUUGCCAGCCAGGCAAACUUCAGAAGAACAGUUCCUUAAAGAAAUCCAGAUUAUAUACAAUAUCUGCUGACAAAAAGUCUGAAAUAAUUAAUGAAACUCAACUGGACAGAGUUUGAAACCUUGUAAACUAUCAAUCAACCCGUCAACUAGUUUCUUCUCAACUGCUUCCUUUACAUACACAUGUACAAUAAUGGUAUCUUCAUGUUAUUGUUUUUCUCCUUUUUUUGUGUGAAGAAUGUGUUUUCCCCUUUCUGAUAGGAACCUGGACACUUCAAAAUGUCUCCAUUCUUUUCAUAAUGUCUAUGAUAUGUAAAUAUAAGCUCUUAUGAUUUUGAAAAAAUGUCCACCACCUCAUAAAGUUUCUUACGUUAAUUAUUAUUAUUGCCUUUAUAAUCAAUAAUGUUGACUCCUGGAGUGGCCAGCCUCCUUCUAGUAAUUUAGAUAUUAUCAGUCCCACAAACAGU